AUUGCUUGUGAUCUUUGGCCUGGUUUUGUGUUCUGGCGGUCAAAAUUAUGAAAAUAGGGUUGGAGAUGGUGGCGUGAGAUAAUCUUUUACUGGAAAAUAGGAUGAUGAGGCGGUGAUACCUACAAUACACAUCAAAGUAUUGGUCGCCUCAGCCCGGGCGUCUUCUCUCCGCUUAUGGCGCGAGGAGAUCUCUGCAGCAUAUGGUUCAUUUGAUAGGAGUAGAUAGACAGUCUUGCACUUUCCCCAGCUCGCAGCUGACUGCCACUAGGAAAGACCAUCCAAGCAGAUCUGUUUUCAAGGCUGAAGUCGCUUGGGCUUCGGUGGAAUAAGAUUGUAUUUCUUUCAGUCUGGCAUCUAUUUUCAAAGAUACCCAUACAUACAUUAUUUUCAUAUUUUUUUCGGUCCUAUUUUCUGCAUGCAAUAAGCCAACCUUUCCAAUAUGGUCCGCACGCGCUUCGUUUGCGUCUCGGAUACCCACGGAUAUAGUACAGCUGAUGCGGCUUUCAAGCUUCCCAAGGGGGAUGUCCUGAUUCAUGCCGGCGAUAUUACCAAUAGGGGAACGGAGAAGGAGCUUGACAAGUCUUUGAAGUGGAUUAUGGAAGCUGACUUUGAAGCGAAGAUUAUUAUAGCUGGGAACCACGAUACUCUUCUCGAUCCCAAUCUCUCUCAGAAUCAGAAGCUGUCUUGGGAAGAGAAGCCAUGGCGGAGACUUGAAGGGUUGACUGAGUAUACUUUUGCAUCACAGUUCAUUUAUUUGAACCACGAAGCAAAAGAAAUCCGAUUAAGAAGCCCUCACGGCCCCAAGACCAGAUUCAAGGUUUUCGGCUCGCCGUACUCACCAAUACUCCCCGGUUGGGGGUUUGGAUAUCUUCCCGAACACGCCAAAUCAAUAUGGGAUGAAAUACCAUCGGACACAGAUAUUCUGAUAACUCAUACACCGCCGGCUGGACACCUUGAUAUUGCAAACGGGAAGUCAAUUGGAUGUCAAGCUCUUUGGCAGCGUCUUUGGGAUGUACGACCCAGACUAGUUAUCUGCGGUCAUGUCCACGAAAGUCGAGGUUAUCAUCGGGUACGAUGGCCCAGUGGGCCAAGCAAAGAGUGUGAAACGGUGUUUGGCGAUUUACCAGCACGGCAAAGCAAAGAGCAGUCAACCAUUGAUCUAUGUCGCAAGAUAGAGAACCGACUUGAUAAUGAUGGUUUAGCGAGACACGAGACGUGUAUCGUCAACGCUGCCAUCAUGGCUACCAGCUGGCCGCAUAAAGGAGGCAAGAAGUUUAAUUCUCCAAUUGUGGUGGAUCUGGAUUUACCUCAAUUAUGAGGGCGUCGAGUUUACGCUCCUACGAUGCGUUCUGGUCUUUUUUCAUUCUUUUGUGCGAUACAUUUUGAGGGUUGGGAUUUGUCAUAGCGUACCGGGCGGUCCGUUUGGUUUUGACGAAACAUUCGUAUGCAGGAGCGGAUGUAGUCUCUUAUGAUUAUUAUUAUUAUUAUCAUCAGGCGAUAAUAUUAUGUACUCGACCAUGUCAAUCUCACAAACAGGUCGACUUUGGCCUUGCGGCCGC